UUAUUCUUGCAUUCAAGUAAAUAAACUACGGCAAAAUGUUCAAACUGAUUCUUCUUAUUGUUAUCAUUUCUUAUGCAUCUGCGGGUAUUAUAAAUCUCGAUGAAGGAUAUGGAUAUGGUGGAUACGGUGGAUAUGCUAUAGCUGCCCCAAAAGUUGCUAUUCCAGCACCAGCUAUUGCUAUUAAGGCUGCAGCUACAUCAUACCAAAACAGUAAUCUUUUGUCACUAAACCCAACUCCAAUUGUGACCAAAACUGUAGCUACAGCUCCUGUUUUUACAAAAGUUGCAGCUCCCAUUGCUGUAGCUAAAGUUGCUCCAAUCCCAUAUCCAGCUCCGGCCCUUACUGUUGUUAGUUAUGGAGGCUAUGGACUGGGCGGUUUGGGCUAUGCCAAGUAUUGAAAGGAUUUAACUAUUUUUUUG